GCUGCCGCGACGAGGUGGAGGCACUUAACUGACUGCUAGUAUACACAACAAGAGUACAGUAAGAGACGAUCCACCACUGAGGAUACACGCGUUUCGCUGGUUUUCGCACAUCAUAUGUUCAUCACUUUUUGUUCUAAUUGUUCUUAAGAACCAUCCAAUUGAACAGUUCAAUUCUUUUUUUUCCCUGGGAAAUCGAAAUUUGUACAGUUUCUCGGACUAACCGAGUUUUCCCAUUCGGUCGCGCAGUUUUGAUUUCGACGACCCAUACGCACCGGUUGCAUUUGGGAUUGCAUAGUUCUAAUAUGUUUUCAGUGCUAUUUUCAUAUUUUUAUAAAUUUAAAAGAAAGAUAAUAUGACACCAGUGCACCCUCUCAAGAGGAAAUCGAAUAUUGACAAAGUGAUUUACCAGUUUUGUGACUAAAAUUUUGAAUAUGAAGAAAAGAAACGAAAAGUGCUAAUUCCACCAGAAUAUAUUAAUGCACACAUUGUAACAUUACUGUGAAUGAAAUUACUGAGUGAGAAAUGAAUAGAAUCGAAUAAGAAUACAAGCAAGUGAUAAAUACCCAAGAAAAUUACAAACAAGUGCUCAGAAAUACGUUUCAAGUGCACACUUCCUGUACCCUAGAUGUACGCUUAAAUCAAGGAUUACUUAUAUCAUCAUCGGAAAAAUUACGUAACAAUGCCGAAAAUAUUUUUGAUCAAAAAUCGGUUGCAUCAGCAACAAUUACGCUUAUUGGAAGCACAGAACCUUCUUAACAAGGAUGAGGAUAGACUUGUACCCUUAAGUCCGCCACCAAAUGAACCCUUGUCGCUGGUCUCGCGUAGACGCAAUGAUCGCGAUGAUGGGCAAGUACGUGAUAUAUUUUCUGAGAAUCAACGACUCUGUCCACCAUCACCGCCCCCACUCGGAAGUAGCAAUUCACCCUCAUCAAGAUCACAACCUUCGACUGAUGAUAGUAAGCCCACAAGUAGUAACAGUCGAACAUCACAGAGUCUAGAGCGUGAUCGAAUAGAUCGUGGCCCUCAUCCACGUCGCUUUAUUUCAUCAAUUUUAGGCGGACAGAUUCCAUAUGGGAGUCGUGGUCACGUACUAACACAAGCUGAACGCAAAGAAUAUCCCCCGCCAGUAAUUGAUAGACCUCCAUCAAUCGAUCGUCCAAAGAAAAAAGACGAAAAAGACGAGGACAAAGAGAAGGAUGAAAAAUUGAUUGUUGAUGAAAAGCCAGUACUGCCAGAAGAUAAACCUCUUAGUUUAACAAAGACUGUAACUCCACCCCCGGCGGCUGAUAAACGCCCAAGUCCUCCACCUCCACCCGAGCCAGCUGUACGUUGUUCAGUGAUACAGCGCACACCAAAACAAGAUUCAAAGAAAACAGGUUCUAGUGUGAAAGACAAGGAUCUUUCAGAUAUCAGAUUACCUGUUAGUGGUCUACUGACAGUUCCUGCCUCACAGCUUGGACCUGAACAAGAACAACCUAUUGACUAUCACAUUCCUCGAAAGCCUGACAGUGAACUAGAUCCCGAACAAAUCGCAGAGAAGGAGAAGAAGCUACGCGAAGCUCGAAGACGAAGUGCAAUAUUAGCAGCGAGAAGUGCUAUCUCGAUGCGAACCAUCCCACGAGCCAAUAUUGGGAAAUUGAACGGUAUCCUGUCGGCAGCCGCCGGACAUGGCCGCUCAUCCAAUAAUAACGGAACAGGAUCACAGUCAGGAGGAAAUGGAGGCGGCCAGGGUACUGGGGGCAGUAUUAACUUUAAUUCAGCCCAAGGUACUGGUGGAGGCGCUGCAGGUACUGGUCUUGCUGGUGGCGGCGGUGGUCCUGGUAAUGGUGGAGGAGGUGGAAUGGGUGGACGAGAUGGCAGAUCUAAUUAUGGCCCAAAUAGUCCUCCAACAGGAUCUCUACCACCAUUUUAUGAGAGCCUUAAAGGUGGGAACGGGAUGAAUUCUUUCAACGCGAAUGGCAACUUUAUGGGCCAAAACGGCGGUGGCUACCUUAUGGGCUCACAUCUGAAUGGGUUAGAGUGUGGAGAUUCGGCUCAGGAGAUAACUAAUAUUGGAAACUAUGGAGAGAGUGCGGGUAAUGGCAAUAAUAAUAGUAAUCAGCAUAAGCAUUUCUCAAUGUUUAAUAAUGCAGCUUACGGCAUCAUACUGAAAGAUGAACAGGAUCUAGACUAUGAAAGCAAACUGGACAUGUCUGGACUUGCGCAAAACUUACUUCCCAACGGCUGUGCUGGCUACGACGUCAACGAUUCAAUGAUGGUCGACAUCGCAUCCGGAGGUGUGGUGGAUCCCUUGCAAUUCACUGCAACCCUUACGUUCUCUUCGCCCGCCGAAAAUGCCUUGUUGGACAGUCUCAGUGAUGCUGUAGAUUUAAGUUCAUUCCUUCAACGACUGCCCAGUGAUGAUCAUCCUAGUCCUGGAAAUGAUUUAGAACUGUCGUCUACACCCUCUUUAACACCCGAUUCAGUCUCGAUCACCCCAAUCGAUUCGAACUGUCUUGAUUCAUUCACUGACAAUCUAAUCAUGAAUCGUACGAACUGCUACGACAGUCGAUACCUGCCUAACAAUAAGAUGUACCACGAAUCUCCGCCCAGUUAUCAGCAAUCACGUGAAAUGCAUAUGAUGCAGACACAACAACAUCACCACAAUCAACAUCAUCAUCAUCACCACAAUGCUCAUCAUCAGCAUCAUCAACCACAUCACGAACAUCCUGCUCUUGGCAACCAAGGAAUGGCAGGUUUUCAUAGUGAUGUUGAUUCGCAUAAUAGUAACCUGUCGCUUCCAUCGCCGAGUGGCUCAUCGCAUAAUGGAAACGGUGGAAAUCUAUCCGCUUCAUCGGGAACGCUGGACGCCCCUAUGGAUACGAAACCGAUUAUCCAAAGUGUAAGUUCAUCGACGAUACGAACACGGACUCAUAGUAGUACGGCAUCGAUGUCGCCGCUCAUACAAGAAACCAAACUGCAUGUAUUGCAACAACGGCUGGGACUACCUGCAGAAGUGCAAUUAGAGUUUGUCAAUGGAGGACACGGCAUUAAAAAUCCUUUGGCAAUUGAAAAUACUCAUGGACACCGGAUUCGAGAUGAGGAUAAGAAAAACAUCACCAUUUCGGAAGACGAUCCAAACAAGUUCAUAUGUCGCAUAUGUUCUAAGACUUUCACUCUGCAACGGCUCCUGAAUCGUCAUAUGAAAUGCCAUUCGGAUAUUAAGCGAUACCUGUGUACAUUUUGCGGAAAAGGAUUCAAUGAUACGUUCGAUUUGAAACGACACACACGAACACAUACGGGUGUUCGACCAUAUAAGUGCAAUUUAUGUGAGAAAUCGUUCACGCAACGAUGCUCUCUCGAAUCCCAUUGUCUUAAGGUGCAUGGCGUGCAGCAUCAAUAUGCAUACAAGGAGAGGAGGACAAAGAUGUAUGUGUGCGAGGAAUGCGGUCAUACAACAAGUGAACCCGAAGUGCACUAUCUCCACCUCAAAGACAAUCAUCCUUACUCACCAGCUCUACUUAAGUUUUAUGAUAAGCGACACUUUAAAUUUACAAACUCACAAUUCGCUAACAAUUUACUGGGCCAGCUUCCGAUGCCGGUCCAUAAUUGAUAGCCAAAUGUAACUCCUCCAAACUCCAAAUAUUUUGUUUGUUAAUUCCUAUACAUCAUGCAAUACAUUUUAUUCUUCCUCGUGAGUAACUGAUACAGGUACCCUUAAACUUGGAGUAUGAAACUAUCAAUUAUGAUUUCUCUAAUUUCUAAGGAGUUGAUCUCCUGAUCUGUGGAUUCUUACGUUACUUUCUCUUUUGAUCGUAUUGAUCUCUGGUCAAAACAUUUCAACAAAUGGCCGCAAGUUGUUUUUGGGUGAAUAUGAAUUGAAUUUCAUAACCAGCUAUUUGCUCGGAAACAACGUCUGGCCCACCUUACGGAAAACGUCCCUACCUUUCCUAUAUGAAGGAACAAACAAAAUGAAACUAAAGCAAAGUAUCGGGUUUUUUGUGCAAUCUCGGUGUUGGAUUUCUAAUUUAACUUUAGCGAUAAACAUUAGUCUUAGUUAUAUUAUUUUAUAUAUUACAAUAUUAUAAAACAGUGAAGUAAAUUUAUUUUAUACUUAUUGAAUUCGAUUUAAGCUAAAAAUAAAAUGAAUCGAAAAUGAAAUGUUUAGAAGUGAAUAAUUUGGAGCAAACAUCACUUUAAGUUGCUAAACGUAAAAUAAACAUUCGCGGAGGGUAGCUACCCAGCAAAAGACAAAUUUUCAUAAAAGCCACUUUACAAAAAUAUAAAAAGAAAAAAAUGGGCAGAAAAAACAUCACCUGUGAGAAGACAAUAACGUCAAUACAGUAAAAUUAUGGAUAAUAUUAAAAUAAUAAUUUAUGUCAGACUUUAGUAGGAAGUAGGCGAAGUUAAAACGAGAGAAAAAGAAUUAAACAUGAAUUGUAAUUCGGAAAUUCUUGAUAUUAUGUUUCUUGGAAUAAAGAUAGUUUCGAAAUUGUAUUCAAUACACAUUAUCCACGCACAUCUUGAAUAUAUUUGAAUUGGAAAUUUCUCGUUGAGAUCAUGAAAGAAUUCAUUUCUUGUUUAAUUUCUCAGAAAUAUUAACUUAUGAUACUGAAAUGAACUUAAAAUCUCAUUUUAUUUUUGUAAUUAUACUCUUUUGUAGAAAAAUGAAAAAAAUGCAUAUUUAA